UCUCUCUCUUCCUCUCAGGACCUGCAGGACCAGGUGUCCCAGCAUGCCGAGCGGUACAGUGACGUACUGGCACGGGGGCAGGCCAUGCUGAUGUCCCUGCUUGAGGGUGAGGAGGGGGGUUUUGGGGCGACCCAAACUCAGGAGCACCUUCUGCUCCUCCAGACCAGCUGGGCCAGCCUCAACAGCAAGAUGGACACCAGGAGGGUGAAGCUGGAAGAGGCGGUUUCCCUGGCGACGGGGUUUCAGAGUUCUCUGCAGGUGUGUGUGAACUGGCUGAUCCAGUCAGAACAGGCCCUGAACAUGGCCCUGCCCCCCAGCCUCAUCCUGGACACCCUGCUGCUCCAAAUUGAAGAGCACAAGGUGUUUAUGAGCGAGGUCAGCUCACACAGGCAGCAGGUUCUGGUUCUGGAGAAGGUGGGGUCGGAGCUGCGCUCGGCCAGUCUGGAGCAGGACGAGGUUCUGAUCGGGAAUCUGCUGCUGCGAGUCCACUCCCGCUGGCACCAGCUGGCCAAGAGCUCCCGCGAGCGCGAACAGAGUCUGGAGGAGGCCCACAAGACCGCCACCAAG